GGAGACACACGCAGGCUGCUGUCUAAUACUGAGGAACACUUCUAUAAAAACUCUGCUGCUCACAGUCACACUGUUGCCUUCCUGUCGUCAUUUACAACAACAGUACCGACUUUGGAUCUCUAACAUUCCACCAUGUGUAAAGGACUUGCAACACUUCCUGCAACAUGCUUGAAAAGUGCCAAAGACAUCAAGCACAAAAUAAGCUUUUUACUCCAAAAGCCUGAACCUCAAGCUGCGGAUCAGAAGCAGAUGAAAGAGAAGAACGCUGCUGCUGUGAAGAGGGUGCCUGCUGCAGCUGAGGUAAAGAAAUGGAAGGAGUCUUUCAGCCACCUAAUGAACAGUGACACGGGUCGCACGGUCUUCACCACCUUCCUGAGGUCAGAGUUCAGCGAGGAAAACAUGGAUUUCUGGGUCGCCUGUGAAGACUACAAGAAGAUGUCAUCUUCCAAGCUGGUGACCAGAGCCAAGCAGAUCUACCAGCAAUAUGUUGAGGCAGAUGCUCCUAAUGAGGUAAACCUGGAUGCAGUGACCAGAGAACAAACGAGGCAGAACGUCGAGAACGCCUGCCCGUCUUGUUUCGACGAGGCUCAGAGGAUGAUCUAUAUCUUAAUGGAGAAGGAUUCCUACAGACGCUUUCUCAACUCCAAACUGCUCCAGGACCUGUGUCAGGCACAGAUGACCAAUGAGAAGAAGGAGAUGAAAAACUGUGACUGUGCAGAGGACAGACAAGCAUUAGCUGGUGGUGCCUAAACAGGAAGGAAGGAAGGAGGGAAUGAUUAAAGAAAGUGCCAAAGACUGAAAAUGUGUGAGAGGGCAGACACUGAUAAAAAUAGGUUUGUUUCCUGUGUGUGCAGUGUUUAUAGUUUAGAAAAAGCUGUGGUUUAGAAGGUGACUUAAAGGUUCAUUUGAGAUGUGGUCAAGACUUUCUGGGUUUUUUUUUUUUUUUUUUUGGAUACGUUUACUUGUUAUUCAUUCCUGGAAAUCUUUGGUAGCCAUUUAAAGGUUUGAUGUGGCUCCUGUAUGUUGGCUGUACGUGCAUGAAAAAAAAACAAAAAACAUUUCUGCAUCCAUCAUCAGCUGUCAUGGAUUACAAUGGUUAAUAGUGGGUGAUUAAAUAUUUCAUUGUACAAUAUAAAAACAGAGGAUGUUUAAAUGUUUUCAUUGUGAAGUUUAACUUUUGCUUCUGGUUUCACUGCAAAACAUAACCUGUUCUCCAAGUCAUGGCCAGGCUAUGUUGAUACUUACAACAGAAAACAAUCUAAAGCUACCUCCAUCCAGCCAAUACAGCAUCCCUGUUGCCACUGGAGCAUGUUGUCAGUGGAAACUUACACAAAGACAUUUUUAUUUGAAUAACAACAGUGUAAAGUUGUUGUAUCUCGAAAGUAAAACACACAGUUCUUUUUAAGAAUAACCCAGUUUUACUGAAAGUGAUAGGAACACAGACAUUAAGAUCAUAUGCUGAGUAAUAUUUUGUGUCAAGCAUUAAAGAUGACUGACCCAUCAGUAUUAAAAUGUUGUAUUUAUUUAAUUCAAAGAUUUAUUCAAGUAGAUUUUUUUAUAGAUUUUAAAAAUAAAAAAAUAAUGAAAACA